AUGUAUGGGCUAAAAUGGUUGCAGUUGAUUGAUGAUUUGUCUGUCUUCAGCGAAGGAGAAAGUCUAGUAGUUGUCAUAUGUGUUCGACGAUUAUCACCGUUUUAUCAUCGCGAACUAAAGGUGUGCCAACGAUGCAAAGGUGUCCAGCCACGUCAUCCUGAUCCAGGCACCUACGGUAUACGCGUAGCAGCGGCGAUCGCUAUCUACUUGCUCGACAAAUAA